GCGCUGUGCCAGCACAUAGUGAGCGAGGGGACAGGGCCGGGGGAGCGGGACACGGGCCGGGACCGCUGUCCGCGCUGUGCCGCCUCGUACUGUUCCGUGCGGUGCUGCCGGACCCACCGCGAGCGCUGCGCGCCGCAUUCCAGCCAGGAACGGGACAGGGAGCGGGGCAGGGAGCAGGGUCCCCCCGCGGCCCCGCCGAGCCCCGCACACGGCCCCUGGUCCCUGGAGGACAUCCUGGGCGAGGAGGAUGAGCAGGACCGCGUCCCGCUGCAGAAACUCAAGCUUUUAGGGGAAUCAGAAGAACUGAGGGCUUUGCUGCUGAACCCACACCUCCGGCAGCUGCUCCUCACCAUCGACCAGGCAGAAGACAAAAGCUCCCUCAUGAGGAGGUUCAUGCAGGAGCCCCUGUUUGUGGAGUUUGCAGAUUGCUGCCUGAGGAUUGUGGAGCCUCCCGAGAAGGAGAACAUCCUCCCCGAGUGAGCACGUUUUCCUUUCCUUGAGGUUCUGUGCUGCAGAGCUGCUCCAUUCUGUGUCUUUCCUCAGGGUCUGGUCACUUUGCCCCUGGAUUUCGGUGCUCUGAUUUCAAUUCGGAGUAGACAGAGAUUUUUAGAGACUGGGGGUUGAACCUGACACUCUGCAGACCUGCUUUGUGUUGGUACAGAAAUAUUGGCAACCGUGGCAAAUGUUACUUCACAGUGACAAUAUUAAAUAUAUUUGCAUUUAUUUUAAUCGACAAA